GGAGUGAAAAACAAUAAAUACAAACAAAUAAUUUAAUUUUUACCAUUGACCCAUUGUGCACUAAUUCGAUUCGUAGUAAGUUUUCAAAAUAUAAAUAAAAGUUCUGCAAUACAGUAAAAUGGUGUCUUAUUUCACGAUAGAUGCUUCGAGCGAGGUGACUAACUUUCAAAAGGAGAUAUCCAAUAUGAUGCACGGUUUCGGAGAUAAUCCGAACCCGAAUGCUGCAACUGUAGUAUUAGUAGAAAAUAUUGUGUUACAGCAGGUUCGCAGCAUGUUACAGGAAGCUUAUAACUAUUCAAACAUGAGAGGAGGUAAAGCUAUAACUAAUUACGAUAUAAUUUACUUGAUGCGCAAGAAUACAUUAAAACUAAAAAGACUGUAUGAAUAUCAACUAAAAUUAGAAAAAAUCGACAACAAUCGUGCUACGGUUUCUGGUCCCGAUCCAAUGAUGUCUGGCAUCUUAAUAGAAGACGAAAAAGCACCUACAAUAAAGAAAAAGAGGACGCACAUUGACGUUAUUAAAGAGUUAGAUGAAACCGAUGAAGUAAGUGAAAUAAAAUUUGAUGUUAUAGACUAUUUGCGUAAGGUUAGAGCAGCAAAAAUCACAGAAUCAAUGACAUUUGAAAAGUAUGAAGCUUACCAUAAAGCGAGAUGUAGUUCUUUCCGUUCAGGAGCAAGUUUUACAAAAAGUUUUCAUAAAUUAGAGAAAUGGAUAAAUCCUAAUAAGGAUUUAAAAAUAACGAAUCCAGCUUUGGAAGUGUUGUGUUUCUUGGCAUAUGAGACGGUAGCAGAAAUUGUUGAAGCCGUUUUUUUGAUUCGUCAAGAUGCAAAAAAGAAAAGUGGUGAUCCUUUCAGUAAAUUUGAGGGUGGUUAUUUUUGUAAUCCAGUGAGCUUGAACAAUGCUGUGUACAUAAAAUCUGGAUAUGAAGGAGUGCCAGCUAUAACAGUAGCCGAAGUCAGAGAAGCUUUAAGGAGAUAUUUUAACCCCCGAGUGGGCAUGAAUGGUUUAUUUUACAGAAACAUGAACAAUGAUUUACCUGUAAGAUAUAUUGCUAUUUGAACAUAGUAUUUUGAUAUAUCUAGUCCUUAACAAAAUUGUUAUUUGUAGAUAUUUAAUAAGUUGUUAAUAAAUGUAAGUGAUUACUUU